AUGAACGUUGUCAUUGCCGGCGAGAGCGGUAUCGGAAAGAGCUCCUUAAUAAAUCUCAUAGCGGGCCAGCAGUUCGCAAGGACUUCGAACGAUGCAUCUGUUUGUACCCUUGCGCCUCAGUCGUACAACGUCCGGAUUGAUGGCCGCGAUUUCCUACUUUGGGAUACCCCUGGCUUCAACGAAGGUCUGACGGAUGCCCCGAGAACCACCAACUAUUCAGAAGUGUUCCGCUCUUUCCUCCAGCGUAUGAGCUUCGAGGGCGAAAUUGACCUUCUUCUUUACUGCAUACCGGCAUCGAGGGCCAGAAUUGCCAUGGUGAAGAACUACCAGGCAAUUUGCUCCGUCGUACCCCCAACCACUCCUAUAGUGGCAGUUGUCACCCGCCUUGAAAGAUACCCAGACCAAAUGGAGGAUUGGUGGGCAAACAACGAGGAUGACCUGCAGAGCCUUGGUAUGAACUUCGCUGGCCAUGCUUGCGUUACAGCGCUCCCAGACUCCGGUGCACGUGCACUCCCAUCUUCGAUUUACCACCGUGUUGCGGAAUCAAGGAAGGCACUCAGAAACCUCAUUCGCCGUACUUGCCUCCCUUAUUGCAUUUCUCCCUCUGUCGUCGCAUUUCCCUCGUCGCCGCUACCACUCCACGAAUCCUUGCAGACGGAAUCCGAGAUUUUAAAACGUACUCCAGAACCGGAAUCAGUUUACGACUUCCACGGGGACGAGCACUGA